GCCCCGCGGUGCAGCAGUGAUGCUGCGGCCGGCGGAUCUGGACCUCCUCCUAGCGGCGGCUAUCCCAUGGACGGCGGCGAAGCUGCGGCAGCGGGGCGGUGGUGGGGACACGCCGCGACGACGUCCGCCCCGUCGGCGUCCACAGACGUGAUGAACCAGCUGUGUCGAGUGUGCGGGGAACCGGCCGCUGGCUUCCACUUCGGAGCGUUCACGUGCGAGGGCUGCAAGUCGUUCUUCGGGCGGACGUACAACAACCUGGGCUCGAUCACGGAGUGCAAGAACAACGGCGAGUGCGUGAUCAACAAGAAGAACCGCACGUCGUGCAAGGCGUGUCGGCUGCGCAAGUGCCUGCUGGUGGGCAUGUCCAAGAGCGGCUCCCGCUACGGCCGCCGCUCCAACUGGUUCAAGAUACACUGCCUGCUGCAGGAGCAGCAGCAGCAGCAGCAGCACCAGCAGCAGGUGUACUCGCAGCAGCAGCACCCGGGGCAGCCCGCGGCGCUCAGGCAGCAGCAGCAGCAGCAGCAGCCCAAGGGCAAGGGCCUGGCCGGGUGGGACAAGCCCGACGUGGAGGCGAAGGCGCGGGUCGCCUCCCCGCACCGCCAGCUGCCCCUGCUGCAGCACAGCUACGGCGAGGCCGCCGCGGCGCUGUGGGCCGCCAGGAGCAGCCUGCUCCCCUUGCACCACCCCCACCACCACCCCGGCCACCCCGCGGGGCCGCUGUCCUUGCCCUUCCUGCCGGCGCCCUUCCUGCAGGGCGCGUUCCCGCAGGGCGUGCUGCCCUUCGCGCAGGCGCAGCGCCUGCCCUCGUCCUGCGGCUCCUCGACCUCCUCGACCUCGCCGCCCGACUCGCCCGGGCCCCGCCGCGAGGAGGACUCCUCGGGCGAGGAGGGCCCUGUGGCCGUGCUGCGCGCGCUGGGCCCGGUGCAGGAGCAGCCCAUGGACCUGUCCGUGCGCGGCGCCCGGCCGGCCGAGCCCGAGGACCGCCGCCCGCUGGACCUCAGCGUGGCGCUGCACCCCAGGUAG